AUGUCUAACAUGUCCCAGUUCACUAACUGCACUAACUUUGCAGCAGAUAACAUGUCUAACAUGUCCCAGUUCACUAACUGCACUAACUUUGCAGCAGAUAACAUGUCUAACAUGUCCCAGUUCACUAGCUGCACUAACUUUGCAGCAGAUAACAUGUCUAACAUGUCCCAGUUCACUAACUGCACUAACUUUGCAGCAGAUAACAUGUCUAACAUGUCCCAGUUCACUAGCUGCACUAACUUUGCAGCAGAUAACAUGUCUAACAUGUCCCAGUUCACUAACUGCACUAACUUUGCAGCAGAUAACAUGUCUAACAUGUCCCAGUUCAUUAACUGCACUAACUUUGCAGCAGAUAUCAUGUCUAACAUGUCCCAGUUCACUAACUGCACUAACUUUGCAGCAGAUAACAUGUCUAACAUGUCCCAGUUCACUAACUGCACUAACUUUGCAGCAGAUAACAUGUCUAACAUGUCCCAGUUCAUUAACUGCACUAACUUUGCAGCAGAUAACAUGUCUAACAUGUCCCAGUUCACUAACUGCACUAACUUUGCAGCAGAUAACAUGUCUAACAUGUCCCAGUUCAUUAACUGCACUAACUUUGCAGCAGAUAUCAUGUCUAACAUGUCCCAGUUCACUAACUGCACUAACUUUGCAGCAGAUAACAUGUCUAACAUGUCCCAGUUCAUUAACUGCACUAACUUUGCAGCAGAUAUCAUGUCUAACAUGUCCCAGUUCACUAACUGCACUAACUUUGCAGCAGAUAACAUGUCUAACAUGUCCCAGUUCACUAACUGCACUAACUUUGCAGCAGAUAACAUGUCUAACAUGUCCCAGUUCACUAACUGCACUAACUUUGCAGCAGAUAUCAUGUCUAACAUGUCCCAGUUCACUACUUCAGUCUCCCUCCUCUCCUCUGUACCUCAUGAAGACCACGCUGAUUUCUACACUGGAACUGAAAGAUAUGUCAUGAUGUCAUUCUUAAUUCUUUGCAUAAUAUUCACUUUAGCUGGUAACAGCGUUAUGUUGUGGAGUAUCGUGUUUGUGCCGUCCCUUCAGACUGUGAACAACGUGUUUCUUGCUUCACUCUGCUGUGCUAAUCUUCUCAACGGACUCUUCACAAUGCCCUUCAUAGCUCACUCGCUGACAUCAAAUCAGUCGGACGUAACUGUCUUACCUCUAAAGAAAGCUUCAAUGUGUACUAUAAGUGGAUUCGUAGAUAACGGAGCCAUGGUGGGAUUUAUGUGGACCUUAACUCUACUCAGUAUCGACAGAUUUGUGUUGAUCAGAUACCCGAUAUGGUACAAACUGAAACAAAACAAAAACAGAGCCGCCUUACUUUUACUUCUUACUUGGACAUUUUCUUGUGGUCUGGUUACACCUCCUAUAUUCCACGUUGGUAAAUACAGAUAUUCGAAGUGGACGUUUUCCUGCGGAAUAGACCCGAUAGACAAAGUUCAGCUCGCUUUAGACAAUGUUUACAAUCCUACCUUCUGCUACUUUCUGGGAUUCUGCUGUGUUAACAGUGUCCUGCCAAUUCCUAUCGUACUCAUCAGCAACCUUCACAUAUUAGGGGUGUUAUUAAAAACUCCCAGACGAAUAAGGAAGGAACAUUUGGCUAGACGAUAUCGUAAGAGCGCUAAGUUAAUGAUGGUUCUUACUGCUUAUCUAAUGUUAUCUCUCAGUCCGGUUUUUAUCGGAUCAUACCUUCUGAUUGUUAACGUUAUCCGUCCCAACACCAUUCCAAUGGAGAGUUUUCCAUCCAUGAGACUUAUUCUUACUUCACAUAUGCUCUUUUUAGGAAAUGGCGCAGUGACACCAAUAUUCUUUGGUUUGUUCAACACUUCUAUCCGAAAUAAAUCCACUGUAGUUAUACAACGUCAGGGUACUUCCCUCAUCUCGUCUAUCAGCAGAAAGUUACAGAAAAAGGGUUUCUGGACGAAUGUCUCUCACUCCUCGUUCUCCUCCUCCUUACGGAAAAUGUUUCAAGAUUCAGCCAGCGCCAAGGUUUCAGUACAGAAAGAGGAGGAUCAAACCCGACUUGUCGUGCCGAGACAGAGCAGCAACACAACACAAAACGGAACUCAGCAGACUGUAAUCACUGACAUUGGGUGCUCUCCUUUCGAUAGCCCUAAUCAGAGGUUCGUGUUCCCAGCCCCCUCCUCGAGCGAGGGUCUUGAAGGAGAACUGCUCAGAGUCUGGGACGAGGAGUAUCUCAAGGUUAGCAACGGGGUCGAGUCAGAAGUUUGA